AUGGGAGCCAAUAUGGGCAAAACGAACGGUGGCUCCCUGCUGGAAAAUCUGACAUUGCCUUCGACUCACCCAACUCUGCACAUCGUCAUGCUCGGUUUAGACAGCGCCGGCAAGACGACGGCUCUCUACCGGCUUAAGUUCGAUCAAUACGUCAACACGGUUCCAACGAUCGGCUUCAAUUGCGAAAAAAUCCGAGCCUUGUCUGGCAAAGCCAAGGGUACUCAGUUUCUAGUCUGGGAUGUAGGUGGGCAAGAGAAAUUACGACCUUUAUGGAAGUCCUACACCCGUUGUACAGAUGCGAUCGUUUUCGUGGUGGACAGCGUCGAUGUCGAGCGAAUGGAAGAAGCUAAAAUGGAAUUGAUGCGAACAGCCAAAAGCCCGGACAAUAGUCAAGUGCCCAUUUUGAUCCUGGCCAAUAAACAGGACUUACCUGGAGCUCGAGAUCCGAAGGAAAUCGAAAAACAUCUCGGACUUCACGAACUGGGUACCGGUCACCUGUACCACGUCCAACCUGCGUGCGCCAUUACGGGCGAAGGACUUGACGAUGGAUUGGACAUCCUCUACGAAAUGAUUCACAAGCGCAAGAAACACUCGAAAAUGACGCGAAAUAAAAAUAAAAUACCCACCAAAUAAGUACGGACGGAAAUACGUUUUGGACAAAGGAAGGAUCCACGCACCAAAGACGUUGCCUGGCAGCAGCAUAACACGGCAUAUAUAUAUAAAUAACAGUAGAAAAAAAAAACGGGAAUUGUGGUAUUAUUUUUCCGCUCUCUUGGCUUCUAUUCUUCUUUUUUUUUUUGCUCAUCGUGUGUGCAAAAAAAAAGAGGAAGUUGAGAAACACUUAAAGUCGUGUAUUAUUUUGACUCUUUUUUUUUCUUUUCUUGUACAAUUGUAAAAGUUUUGUUUCGUUUUCGCUGUCGUGUCUUCACGUGUGUGUGUGUGUGUUUCGUUUGUUUGUACAUGUAAGCGUGCGUGUUGUAAAAGCCAAUGUGAUACGAAGAAGAAAACGGCAAAAAAAAAAAUUAAUAAGAUGACGAUAUACGAGAAGAGAAAUACAGUGUCUGUUCUUUCA